CAAAAAGCAACGAGCUGUGAGUGACCCGCGUGUAUGUGACACUGAUGGUUGUCGAACAUCAAACAAAUAUACCCAAAUUUUAGAGGAAUUGCAUCAUUCCGUUUUCGCAGUUACCAUCGGAGCUCCUCCCAAUCCAGCGAUCGCAGCUAAGUUGCAUCUUUCCGUAGGACGUGCAAUUGCUCAGAACUCCGUUACAAUGGUCAACCAUCCAGUAAUCGAAGAAGGAAGUGGCGAUAAGCUAGCUCGUAAGGCACGGGAAUCUCCUUUCAUGCCGAUCGGACUGGCUGGGCUAUUGCUCGUGUGUGGUAUCGGUGCCUACAAAUACCGAAACCGUCAAGGUAUGUCCACUUCGGUGUUCCUGAUGCAGCUUCGUGUUGCAGCUCAGGGAACGGUCGUUGGGGCUCUAUCGUUAGGACUGGCUUAUACAAUGGCCAACGAAUACAUCUUCAAAAAGAAGGAGGAAUAGAAUGAUAAGUGGCUGUAAAGUGUGCAGUUUUGAGUUAACUAGGAUUUAAGUCGACUAAUGUUGUAAGCAAGUAUUCAUCAACUCUAUAACAAAACUCAACAAUAUUUAUUAGUUCUUUCCUUAAGAUUAUUAUAUCUUUUUUCUCCUGACAAAAAAUAAGGGAAAUCCCCUCAAGCGCGAAUAUUGUAAAAGAAAGAAUACGAAGUUAGUCAAUGUACCCCGAUUCACUGUGAUUUUAGCGCAAGAAUAAGUGAACUAUAGUAAACCAAAAGGAAGAAGAACAUGUGGAAAAUCACCUGACAUAAUAAUGUGAUACGAAGGAGGUGGACAAAUCAUUUAGAUUCAGGAAACAUUAGACAGGAAGCAAGUUUCAAUCUGAUACUCUAGAAGAGCCAAUAAGCAAAGUGAAACUCACAAUGACUCAGCAGGAAAAAAUGAUCCUAGUUUGCACGCGCAUUUUGUACUCUUCUUUCUGUUACGGGUUAGUACUGGCUUCACACACAGAAAUGAUCUGUUUUAGCUUCGUGUGGGAGAUGGUUUUAGCACAUUAACGACAAGCUGACCGAGCGAUGUUACUAUGUGAUAGACAUUUCCACUUAGUGUACAGUACACGUGAAUAAAUUGUUUCGUUUAUGGAGACAUUAA